UGGGUCUUGUAAAUUCCCAGGAUUUUUCUCAAUAAAAUAGCCUGCGCUUUAUAUGCAUAGUUUUAUAUGAAAAUCAGAUUGCGUGCAUAAUGGAAAAAACAUUUUUUCUUUUCUUUUUAGUAAUAAAUCUAGUAAUUGGAAGUGAAAUUACAGACAUUGAUGAUUCGGCUAUGGAAAAUCCAGAUUUAAUUGAAGGAGAUAUAGUACCCGAAGAUGGCUAUGUACGUUGCAUCUUUUGUUUCAGUGAUCGCAACGCCUUGGUGUCAGAGAGAGAGUUAUGGCCAAAGGGCAGAAUACCUUACGUAAUAAACUUUGAACUUAGGGACAAGACAGAUCUCAUAGAAGAAGCAAUGGAGUUUCUUAAUGAUAACACUUGCAUUCAGUUUGUUCCAAGAACUAUUGAAAAGGACUACAUUCGAAUAGAAAAAGGCUCUGGAUGCAAUUCGGAAUUAGGAAGAGGAGAUGGAGGAGAACGGGGUCUUUCUCUUGGUGAUGGUUGCUACAGUUUGGGCACGGUCUUACACGAGCUAAUUCAUUCAAUUGGAUUUAAUCACGAGCAAACCCGUUCUGACAGAGAUGACUAUAUCACCAUUCACUGGGAAAACAUCAAGGAAGGUAGUGAGCACAAUUUCGAAAAAUUGAAACCCAUGGAAAAUAAGCUUUUGUUAGAAUACGAUUACAACUCUAUUAUGCACUAUGGAUCUCUAAGCUUCAGCAAAGACAAGAGAAGAGGACUUAAAACGAUGACUGCUAAGAAGAAAGGCUUUCGGUUGUUACCACCGAGAGAAAAAAUGCCGACUGACAGUGAUAUCAAAAAAAUAAAUUUGCUUUAUAAAUGCUCAUUCUGAUCAUAGAUGAACUGUUAAUUGAUUUUUAAUAAAAGCAUUUUUAUGUUUAAAAAA